AUGUUAGAGUUCUUAUGGGGCGUCAUUGCUGGCGCGAUUUUAAUGCUUUUCGUCAUUUAUGUGUUGCUAUUCAAUCCGUUUGGCGAAAUCUCUCCACACGCAGUAUUUGUUGACCAAUUUCAGCCACUCCACCUUCCUGAGGAAUUAAGACAGUUUUUGAAGAAGGAAGAUGAUGAACGCCAAGUUUUUGAGUGGGAAUCAUGCUUCAAUCUGAGCCUUGUUCUUCAUUUUUUGUUUCAAGAACACAAAGAUACCCGUCGAUUACGAAGAUGGAUUCACAGAAAGCUGCAGCUGGAACUUAGUGAUCUAACUACUCGAAAUACUGCUGGUCGUCUCAUACAGGAUAUUCGUAUUAGGGACUUAUCGAUUGGCUCCAGAUCUCCGGUCAUCAAAUCAGUACGUGUGGAGGACUAUGAGUUAUCUGAAGAUGAGAAUUUCAAAACAUUAAAGCUGCUUGUUGAUGUAGAUUACAGCGGAGGUUUUCAAUGUUCUGUUGAUGUUGGUAUGUUGUUUGGGCGAUUUGCGCAGCUAUCGAUCAAGCUUACUCGUCUUUCUGGCAAAAUUCGGUUGAAACUGAGUCGUGAGCCUUUUACUCAUUGGGUCUUUGCAUUCGUUGAUAUGCCGACACUGGAAUUCCAAAUUGAUUCACAGUGGCAAGGCAAACAAGUGAAACAUCUCAUACCUUUCAUCACACAGAAAUUUAGACGUAUGGUUCAACGCAAGCAUGUUUGGCCAAACUACAAGAUUCGAUAUCGUCCUUUCUUUCCUAAUCCUUUAUAUCAACCUUCUCCAUCUAUAGGUGCUUUUGAAUAUAUUAAAACAACGGGUCUAUUAGAAGUUACGGUUUUACGAUGUACAAGACUGAAUACUGCAUUGGUCGGCGACGAAAAUUCCGAGGUUUUCUGUGUUGUGUCUGUAGAUCAUCGACCAAUAAUGCAGAAUGCAGGCAGAAGUUCAACACGAUGCAUCACCGUAUUAUUAAAUUUUAGUCGGCACGGUAUCAGUGAGUCGAUUGGAUUAACAUUUUCUAAACUCAUUUCCAACACAGGAGUCAGAUCCGUACAAGUUUCAACUGUGGAAAAUUUUUCUUCUGCUGAAAGAUGUGGUUUUAAAGCAGGUGAUGUGGUUGUUGCUGUAAAUAACGUUCCAGUUACGAGUGAGCGUCAACUAAACAAGUUACUUUCCGGCACUUCGAGUGAGCUAAGUGUUUUAGUUGAUCGGAUGAUUUAUGAAGAAGAGAACACGUCACUUAGUACACUAAAUAAUGGUGGAGAUGAUUCAGCUUCUCUUAGUGAUUUCGACGAGAUUAGUGUCUCUGAAAUCUUCGAAAAUAUGGCGAGUAAAAGUAGGCAAGUGGAAGUGCUGGAGAAAGGUAGCCGCCGACGUAGUCGGAGUGCAACAAUAAUCAGUUCAAAUGUAAUGCCAAAUGACUUUACGGUCGAUGUUUUAAAAGAUGGGAAAAUGUUCCUUUCACACACAGAUGAUUUUUCGGAAAUAUCGAAACCAAAUCUAAUGAAGAUGGCACAAGCUGAAACUGAACGUGACUCUAUUGUAAGGAAACGUGUCCGUAUCAGGCGUGCAAGAUCUGAAGCUGAAAUAACAAAAACUGGUUGUUCUAACAGAGAAAAACUGAAGCCGUUAUUCACCAGUAUUGAAAAUUUGUUUUACUAUGCACAUAAGGAAACUGAAAAAACGUUAACGAAUAUGACUGAAAAUUACGUUAUGGUAUCUGAAAUAAGCAAGGAAAAAGGUGGCAGCAUUGGCAGUUUGAAUGCUGAUAUUUCUGCUGAAAACAGCACAAAAGAUUUUCAGCGAAGUCCUUCUCGAAGGCAACGAUUUCAGGCUCGAGCAGCAGAAAUGGCAGCAGCGGGAAAAGCUAGAAUGUCUGACCUUUGGUACCGACAUAGAGAUGGUGGUUCUGGUGCUGAAGUUGCAGUUGAUGCAUUAUCACAACAUGAUAUUGGCCUGACCCUUCCACGUACUUCACUUCCCACAUCAAGCGUAGAGAGGAGAAAAAGAAGUCCUUUCUUUAAAACAAAAAGGUCGGUUCCUACGCAAAAUGAUGCACGUGGUUGUGAUUUGUCGAAAGUUCCUCCAAAACUACUGACCACAAAGUCAUUGGCGACGGGCGAAGUUCGUUUUUAA